AUGUCACAGAACAUAUUGAACAUUGUGUAUUUUAUCACGUUCCAUCCUGUACCCGGGUACAUUUCACAGUCGGACAGCGAGGAGGAGGAAAGACGUGCAGAGGAAGAACGCAAACGUCGGGAAGAAGAGGCAAGGCGCGAAGAGGUUGCACAAGAGCGGCAAAGAAAACAACAAGAGAAGCAGCGGCAAGAAGCUGAAGCCUCAAAGAAACAGCGCAAACCUGGCCAGAAACGAAAGGGUCUCGGCGGCCUGUCGAAGGAGAAGAAACGCAUGCUUAAGCAACUGAUCAUGCAAAAAGCCGCCGAAAUCAUGAAGGCCGAAAGAAAGAAGGAACAAGAAAAACGAGAUGAGUAUGUCAGGAACAAGAUAGGUACUUUGUCGCUCGAUGGCCUGAAUGAGAACGAUCUAAGGGCGAAGGUUCAAAAAUUGCAUGAACAACUGAGGCAACUGGAGGGAGAGAAGUAUGAUUGGGAAGAAAAGUUACGACGACAGGAUGUUGAGAUCAUUGAAAUGACCGUCAAAGCCAACGACAACAAAGGAAAAUUCGUCAAGCCUGUCCUAAAGAAAGUGUCCAAAACCGAAAGUCACAUGGCUCGAUUCGAGAAGAAGGAAGGGUCAGGACACACGCUUUCCUCCUUCCGAAGCCAGCUCAAGUCCACAGGCCACAGCAAAUACGCUCUGGAAGAAAAGGACGAAUCUGGUGGAGAACUGUGCCUUGUCAGCUUGUGUGUCAACAUGAGCUUCAAUCAUGUUUUUUCCUUCUUCUGUAACAGAAAGCUAGCUGGCUCAAACAGAAGGAAGAAGAAGCGGCAGCACCUGCUGCAGCACAAUAGAGGAGGUCGCUGGCCCAUUCUUUCUUCUUUUUUUCUUGGUUUUCUAUCUUGCCGUGUGGUUCGCUGUCUCCUGCAAGUGUCUCCACGCGCGCGGGCCGACUUCUCGUCUCCUCCACUUACACCCGCAUUACCCUUUCUGCCAAUAAACCCCCGCAAAUCACUUAACCCCGGAGCUAUGUAUGUGCGACGAAACCGUACUGUACCAUACACACAGAUCGUCUUUGCAAUUUCGUUGUUCUCUUCUUGCGAUCGCGAUGUUUAA